UCUAAUUCGUAUGAUACGGCAGGAAGCAUGUCGAAUAACUAGAAUCCGCGUUUCCUCUCACCUUGUAUCCAGAACAACUGUAUGCGCCUAAGAACAAUGACUGACCAAGCUCCCACAAUACCCUCGCCCAGCAGCGUUUACCUCCACGACGCCUCCAUCCACAUCCUCUCCUCAACCCUCACAUCCCUCACCCCGUUCUCAUCUAUCCCUGAACUUGACCAAGCCCUCUUCAAAUCUCCUCCUGCAGACUCCUACAUACUCACCACGGAUCGCACAAUCUUCUACCCUCAAGGCGGCGGCCAGCCCGCCGACACCGGCACCAUCCGCGAUCCCGAACGCUCCUCAUUCGUCGUCUCCCUUGUGCGCUCCUCAGUAACGAAACCCACGCGCAUUCUGCACCUCGGCACUUUCCCCCUCGCCACACCGUCUUUCCAACCCUCAAGCCCUCUCAUACAAGAAAUUGAUGCCGCAAAACGAGCUCUUCAUUCUCGCUGGCACACCGCCGGUCACAUCCUUGCCCUUGCAGCGCACCAGAUACUACCAUCCGCAGGCCUAAUCGACGGCAAAGCGUCGCAUGUUCCCGGGUCCGCAAACGUCGAGUUCAAAGGCACGAUUCCAUCAGAAUAUAAAUCCGCCAUCGAAGCACGAGCAAACGAACUCGGGACGAAAGACACUGCGGUAUAUAUACAUUGGUGGAAUGUGGAGACUAUGCGAGAGAAGUGCCAGGGCGGAUGUGAGGGAUUGGAAGAUAUGCUUGCAGGUAACAGGGCGGAUGGGGAUACGAGUGGGUUGUUGAGGGCGGUAGAGAUCGAGGGCGUGGGAAGUUAUCCGUGUGGAGGGACGCAUUUACCGCGGACAAGUGAUGUGGGCAGGAUUGAGAUUCGCAAGAUUGCGAGGAAAUCAGGUAUAUGUAGGGUUUCAUAUGCGGUGUUCUGAUGGCGAGCGUUUUCAUGGUUCCUAUAGUGUCAGAAGUGUACAUACAUAACGAGGAGCGAGAAUUGUAUCGAUGUACCACGUAGACUCUGUCAACUUUGCAU